AUGACUAAAAAUAAGAGUUUUAAAUAUCUUACAGGCAUAAGUAUUAAAGAAGGAUAUAAAGAUCCCAUUAGUUCUCAAAUUUUCCAGAAACAAAACAAAUAUGGGUUUCUACCAAAUUCUUCAGAUGCUCCAAUUCUUUGUGCUGGUUGUGGGACACCAGCAGAAUUAUAUACCACGGAAUUAGUGAGGUUCAACUAUUUUGAUAUACAGCUUGCAACAGAUGACUUCUCAAAGAAUAACUUAUUAGGUGAAGGUGGAUAUGGUCGUGUAUACAAGGGCAUGCUUAAAGAUGGGCAACAAAUAGCUGCUAAGGUAAGGAGAGAAGAAAGUAAACAAGGCUUUUCUGAAUUUAGUUCUGAGGUUUACGUGUUGAGUCUUGCUCGUCACAAGAAUAUAGUGAUGCUUUUGGGAUUCUGCUUCAAAGAAAGGUUAAAUAUUCUGGUAUAUGAAUAUAUUUGCAACAAGUCUCUUGAAUGGCAUCUAUUCGAUAAAAAAGCCGAAGUUCUCGAGUGGCACCAAAGAUACGCCAUUGCCAUUGGAACUGCGAAAGGAUUGCGUUUUCUACACGAAGAAUGUCGUGGAGGUCCUAUCAUUCAUCGAGACAUGAGACCUAGCAAUAUACUACUCACUCAUGAUUUUGUUCCAAUGCUAGGUGACUUUGGCCUUGCCAAAUGGAAGACUAGUGAUAAGACACUGCAAACAAGGAUAAUGGGCACAUUAGGAUACCUUGCCCCUGAAUAUGCUGAGGACGGUAUAUUUUCUGUGCAAAUAGAUGUGUAUGCUUAUGGGAUUGUUCUUUUACAAUUGAUAACAGGACGCAAGGCCAUUUCUAGUCCAGAGCAACAUCUCUCCCUUCGACAAUGGGCAGAGCCCAAAAUUGAGAAGUUAGCAUUUCAUGAACUUGUAGAUUCCCGUUUGGGGGAGUCAUAUAACUCAGAUGAGCUAUACGUAAUGGCCAAGGUAGCAUACCAUUGCGUGCAAAGAGAUCAUGAGAAGCGACCGUCGAUUGGAGAGGUUGUACGCCUUCUUGAGAGACAGAAUGACUAUUUCAGUUUCAUUGGAGAACAAUCAGUAUCAAAAUAUAUUACAUGA